CUGUGUGAAAGCUCCAGUUUGACCUUUCAGAGUACCAUUUCCGUUUCCUGGUUGUGAGGUGCCGCAACAUCAACAUCCACACAUAGAUUCAUUCUAGAAAAACCGCUUUGUUAUAGAAACGGAGUCUGAGGAUGUCGGGACAGAAGCGUCCUGCAGACCCCUGUCCCUCCUCCUCCUCCGGUGCGCCGCCGGAGAAGCGGAGGGAGAAGGAAGGAGAGGACGGAGGUCCCGGUGUCAGCGCCGCGGCCGGAGGGAGCACCGCCGUGGAGACGGUCAUCAAGCUAGGAGGGGUGUCCAACUCGGAAGAACAAGACAUCAAAGCUCUUCAGGCCAAAAACCGUAAAUUGGGAGAGGCUCUCGAUCAGAGACAGGUGAUUGAGGAUGAACUCAGAGAGCGAAUUGAAAGACUGGAGACCCGGCAGGCCACUGAUGAUGCCAGUCUGCUGAUCCUCAACAGAUACUGGAACCAGUUUGAUGAAAACAUUAAACUGACCAGCAGACGAUAUGAUCAAGCAAGCAGCGAGCCUGAGAAGUCUCCUACCGGUGAGGGAAGGAGCCUGAAGCCAGAAACUCCUGAGCCUGAUGGAGACUCCAAUCAGGAGAGGGCCAAGGACAGAGGCCACCAAGGGGAGACAUCCAACUCUUUCCUGGCCACGCUGGCCAGCAGCAGCAGCGAGGAGAUGGAGGCCGAGCUUCAGGAGAGGGUGGAGUCCAGCCAGAAGCAGGUCAAUCAUGUGGUUGAGAUCUAUGAGUGUCUGAGGAACACUGUGGACCAGCUGAAGGCAGAGCUGGACUCUGGAGUAGAGGGAAGCUUGUGGUCAGCCGCUGAAAAGCUGAACUCCCUCCUGACCCGUGAAAACGAGCGUCUCCAGCAGCUGACAGAGGACCUGAAGCAGAAGUACAGUCACAUGACCAGCGGGACCCGAGCUCUUGGCCGUGCGGUUAACAAGGCCGACCAGCGCAUCAGCGAGCUGCAGGUGCUGAUCGAGGAGCUGCAGUGGGACAUGGAGAAGAUCCGCCGGCGAGAGAACAGGCUGAAUGCACACCUGAUCGAGAUACUGGAGAGGGUAAACAGCAAAGGCUAUAAGGUGUGUGGAGAAGCCAGCAGUGUGUGUGGAACCAUCACCAUAAACAAAAGAAAGUUUGAGGAAAUGAAUAGUGAAUUAGAGGAAAACAGGGAGCUGGCAGACAAUCGCCUUAUCGAGCUGCAGAAACUCCAGCAGGACCUGCAAAAUGUUCUCCAGGAGAACAACAGCAUGAAGCCAAGAAAAAGCAUGAUGUCUCCAGUUUGCCUGGAGGGAAUGUCUUCAGAUUUGGCGGAGCUGAUGAGUCGAGCUGAGGGUUUGGUGAAAGAAACCUCUGAGUAUCGCUGUCUGCAGUCCCAGUUCUCUGUGCUCUACAACGAGUCUCUGAUCCUCAAAGCCCAGUUAGACGAGACGCGCGCUCGCCUCAACACAACCAGGACCGCGCGCCUCCGGCAGCUGGAAAACAUGGAGAACGAUGAAGUAGCUCUGCAGAGGAAGGUCCGUACCGAGGUGUUCCAGCUGGAGGACACGCUGGCUCAGGUCAGGAAGGAGUACGAGAUGCUGCGCAUCGAAUUCGAGCAAACUCUGGCUGCUAACGAGCAAGCAGGUCCAAUCAACAGGGAGAUGCGUCACUUAAUCAGCACUCUGCAAACACACAACCAGCAAAUGAAGGGAGAGGUGGUGAAAUACAAACUGAGACUGCGAGAGACACAAGCUGAGCUCAACCAGGUCCGCGCGUCGAAGGGCAGCGCCAUCCUCCAGUCCCAGUCCAGCACAGAAAUGGACGUGAAGGAAGAGACGAUUUCCCCGUCAACGCCGGCCGUUUCAGGAGAGCCUGCGGUCAAGACGGAGCCCGACAACGGCUCCUCCACACCCAGCAGCACAGGUGCCUCGGUGAAAACGGAGCCCAGCGCAGAGCCGGAGGCAACCGUAAAAGAAGAGGAGAAGGAGGACAAAAAAGAGAAGGAAGACAAGAAAGACAAAGAUAUUGUAAAGAAAGAGGAGAAGGAAAGAGAACGGGAAAAGGAGAAGGAGCGAGAGAGAGAGAGGCCGACCAGAAGCAGCGGACUGAGCAGCAGCGCCAUGAUGAAGGAGGAGAAGGAGAAGCCUGGGAGCAGCAGCCAGCCGGAGGAGUCGGCCGGGGAACGCCCCUCUGUGGUCGGAGGGUCCAAGAGGAAGGAGAUGGAGCAGCUGAAAAUAGUCAGAGCAGAGCUCAAGAAGGCUCAGGAGUCCCAGCGGGAGAUGAAGCUGCUGCUGGACAUGUACCGCUCAGCACCCAAAGAGCAGCGGGACAAAGUUCAGCUCAUGGCUGCAGAGAAGAAGGCCAAGUCAGAGGGCGAGGAGCUGCGGCAGAGGCUGAGGGAGCUGGAGGAGAGGGAGAGGAGGGAGGGCAAGAAAAUGGCCGAUGAGGAGGCGUUAAGGAAGAUCCGUUCCGUCGAGGAGCAGAUCGACAUCCUCAAUAAGAAGCUGUCGAUAGCCAAGCAGGAGGAAGACGCGCUGCUGAGCGAGAUGGACGUGACCGGCCAGGCCUUCGAGGACAUGCAGGAACAGAACAUCCGUCUGAUGCAGCAGCUCCGAGAGAAGGACGACGCCAACUUCAAGCUGAUGAGCGAGAGAAUCAAGUCCAACCAGAUCCACAAGCUGCUGAAGGAGGAGAAGGAGGAGCUGGCCGACCAGCUGCUCACCCUGAAGACCCAGGUCGAUGCCCAGCUGCAGGUCGUGAGGAAGCUGGAGGAUAAGGAGCGCCUCCUCCAGGGCACCAUCAGUACUGCUGAGAGAGAGCUGGCUCUGAGGACACAAGCUCUGGACAUGAACAAGCGCAAGGCUCAGGAUUCUGCGUUGCUGUCGGAGGAGGUGCGAACGCAGCUGGAGCAGGUGCAGCAGAGGCUCAACCUCGUCCGGGAGGAGGUCGUGGAGAACAGCAUCUCCAGGGAGAAAGAGUCGUUCAACGCCCGACGAGCGCAGGAGGAUAUCUCCAAACUGAGGAGGAAGAUCGAGAAGGCAAAGAAACCAGCUGAGAAAAUCAGCAACGGCGACGAGAUCCUAAAUGAAGAAAUAAAUGACUACAAGGCGCGUCUCACGUGUCCGUGCUGCAACUCCCGGGUGAAGGACGCCGUGCUGACAAAGUGCUUCCACGUCUUCUGCUUCGAGUGCGUCAAAACGCGCUACGACACCCGCCAGAGGAAGUGCCCCAAAUGCAACGCCGCCUUCGGAGCCAAUGACUUCCAUCGCAUCUACAUCGGCUGAAGCUGAACCCCCCCCCCCAAUUCAGCCCAGUACAAACACUGCCUGGAGCCAGACUGUGCUCAAGUGCCCCCCCCCCCUCCUCCUCUAGAGUUUGCAGGAUGCUCGUAGUGUGAAGUGACAGAAGAUUCCAGCCUUGUGAUGCUUUGAAAAGGAACGCUUUCAUUUUCUUUUUUAUAAAGACUGACUGAAGCUCCUCCCAGUGUCCGUCGUCAUAACGUGUUUUAAUUUCCCCCUCAAAGGCUGGAUCGUUUGAUGUUCUCUGCACUCAUUUCAAAACAAUUAAAGCAGGAUGAUAAAUACAGUGAGAAAUUAACAUUCCUCCCGUUGUUGCGUUUGGAUGUUUGAAUGAUGUUUUCAUGACAUUCUGUAAGUCUUUUUUUUUUUUUUUUUUUUUUUUUUUUAAACUGUCCUUUCUACAGAUUGUUCUGAAAUCUUCAAAGUUUCCAAACUGGCUGCUGUCAAGUUGCUUUUCUGCUAGUUAAUAAAUGGAUAAUUCAAGUGUGUUCAGAAUUUGCAUUCACGUAAGGAUACAGUUCAGUCCAAUACAGUACAAAUAAUCAUAUGACUUUGAAAAAAUAAAGAAAAAACUGAUUUGGACUUUUCAACAGAAGAAGCUGUCAUUUGUAUUUUAUGUGCUGUAGUGUUUUGGUUAGAAUAGGAGACAUAACAUUCAGUCCUGAGCUGAAAACUCAGUACAAAGUGGCUCCUAAUCAAUGAAGUCGCUUUAACAUCAGAUAAAUACUGUGCAUGUUAAAACAUGCAUGCUGAAUGCUGCAAAAUGAGCAUAAGGAGCACAUUUCAAUGAACGUUGCAUCAGAGCACAUUGGAUUUUGUCAUGUAUUUGGAAGUAAUUACACGAAAAAGCAAACGCUAAAAUAUCUGAAGAUGUCCUAAAAAUGUAUGUGCAAAGGUCAUUAUGCCCCAGUUGUAGCA